AUGAACCGAGGCCAACCGCUAAAUUUUACACCAAUCCCGAGUGAUAGACCUUUUCAAUCCGCUUUUAAUUCCGUCAUCGAAGCCUGCUACCCAAUCGAUUCCCCAAUGCGCUCCAAGUUUCUCCCCAAUCACUACCAGUCCCGAGUGGAUAAGAAGACCAUUGACUCGGUUGUCCGUAGGUUGGAUAAACUGAUCAAUCUCUGUCGUGACCCCCGCAUUGUUCUUCGAAAUAGUCCUCCUUAUCUCCUAGACAUACUUCCUGAUAUAGCCGAGAAGUUGAGGAACAUCAUGUUUGCCUAUCAGGGCUCCCUCGAUGAACUUUUUAAGUCUGUCUACUUCCAAGUCUUUCUGUUGAAUCUAAACGAGAAAUGUGAGCUCACCUCAAAGCUGUUUAAAGAUGCAAAGGAGAAAAUGUAUGAUGAUCAUUCAGAGCCACGAAGGAAACUCACAAAGUAUUCCCUAGUACUCUCUCACAUCCUCAAAGACCUCGAAGCUCUCUUCCCCAACAACAAAUAUGCUCCUGAAGCCUUUCGGAUCACUAAACGCGAAGCAGCGGAUUGGUGGUCGACAAAUUUUGGCGAAUCGGCGAUUAUUGACUGGGAGGUAUUCAGAAAUCGACUUUUUGAUACAUUUGGAACUCUAGAUCGUAGUGAAUCCCGCGAACUACAAAAUACCAUAGAUCUCACUUGUAAUUACUACGUUUCCAUAUUUGAAUUUGAUGUUUUCGUGCGCCUGUUCCAACCUUGGACAAAUGUGCUGGAAACCUGGCGCGUGCUGACUAUAAUGCAUGCCGGUUAUAUGGCUUUCAUGACCUAUGAUGAGGUUAAGGCCGUGUUGAGAAAGCUUCGAGGACACCCCGGUCCAGGAAGCUAUGUUUACCGGCUUUCCUGUACAAAGUUAGGUCAAUGGGCUAUUGGAUAUAUUACUGAGGACUUAGGGAUCUUGCAAACUAUAAUUCAGAAUAAAUCCCUUGCUCAAGCGUUGCUAGAUGGUGAAAGGGAUGGAUUUUAUCUCUAUCCCAACGGGACCCCCAGCCAGUCUUCCAUCUUGACUCCCCUGGUUCGCAAUAUCACUCAAAUCCAUAUUCAAGUUUCUGAAGAACAGCACCAACUCUAUUCACGGAUCGGAUCCACCUUUGAAGUGUGUAAAAUCUGCACUGAGAAUAAUAAGAACAUUCGUCUGGAACCUUGUGGUCAUCUCCUUUGCAAGACUUGCCUCGUAAACUGUCAGAAUGCUGGAAGCGGUCAGACGUGUCCAUUUUGUCGACUGGAAGUUAAAUCCACUGAGGAAGUAAUUUUAGAUCCUUUUAUUCCUGAAGGGGAACAUGAGAACGAAAUUGCACGACUAAUUCCAGAGGUAACAGCUGAGGAAGAGGAAGAAGAUAACGCUGGAGGUCAGGAAAAUGAACAGAAGGUUAGUAUUGGUUCCCAAAGCGUUGGUGAGUUGAUGGAGAUAGGAGGAUUUGACCCCCGUUUCCAAAUCGUGGAGGUGUCCGACGAACCUCCUGCACUUCCUCCUCGACCUACCGCAUCAACAUCUACUGGAGUCAGUUCAGUAGUUGGACACACCAUUGAACCCACUCCUACUGAGAGCUUUCCAAAACGGAGGCGUAAUCCCUCCUCCUGUUGUUCUCGCGCGACGGAUCUUGAAACUGCGCUUCAGGAUGAACCAACACUGAUUGUCGCUUCCGAAGACGAAGUGCCUAGAUCUUUCUUUGACACAGCCUGCUUUAUUCAACGGAGUGAUGUUCAAGCUGUGGACUCUUCACUAACCGUAGAUGUAGCGCAGCACCUGCUAGAAAUCUGUGAAGGGAAUGCAGAUAUUGCAGCCAGAGUAUGGAGGGACUUUAUUCCACGAUCUUAA